GUGUUUUCCUCAUCCCUUACCUUCUUAUUGCCCUCAUUGGCGGGAUUCCCAUCUUCUUCCUGGAAAUUUCCUUGGGGCAGUUCAUGAAGGCCGGGAGCAUCAACGUAUGGAACAUCGCACCACUGUUCAAAGGACUGGGCUUUGCCUCUAUGGUGAUCGUCUUCUAUUGCAACACCUACUACAUCAUGGUGCUUGCCUGGGGUUUCUAUUACCUGGUGAAAUCUUUUACGGCCACCUUGCCCUGGGCAACCUGCGGGAACCCCUGGAACUCCGAUGAAUGUGUGGAGAUCUUCCGGCAUGAGGACUGCGCCAAUGGCACCGCCACAGGCAACCUUACCUGUGACGAGCUCUCCGACAAGAGGUCGCCUGUCAUCGAGUUUUGGGAGAACAAGGUGCUGCGUCUGUCGGGAGGCCUGGAGCUCCCUGGUGAGAUCAACUGGGAGGUGACCCUCUGUCUGCUAGCCUGCUGGGUCCUUGUCUACUUCUGUGUCUGGAAGGGUGUCAAGUCCACAGGAAAGAUUGUCUACUUCACUGCUACAUUCCCUUACGUGGUGCUCAUUAUACUGCUAAUCCGAGGGGUGAUGCUGCCUGGAGCUCAGGAUGGGAUAAUCUACUAUCUCAAACCCGACUGGUCCAAACUGGCCUCCCCUCAGGUGUGGAUCGAUGCUGGGACCCAAAUCUUUUUCUCGUAUGCCAUAGGACUGGGGGCACUCACUGCCCUGGGCAGCUAUAACCGGUUCAACAACAAUUGCUAUAAAGAUGCCAUCAUCCUGGCUCUGAUCAAUAGUGGGACCAGCUUCUUCUCUGGCUUUGUGGUCUUCUCCAUUCUGGGCUUCAUGGCAGCAGAACAAGGAGUUGAUAUCUCCAAGGUAGCUGAAUCUGGGCCUGGCCUGGCAUUUAUCGCAUACCCACGAGCUGUCACUCUGAUGCCUGUCGCUCCACUCUGGGCUGCCCUCUUUUUCUUCAUGCUGCUGCUCCUGGGCUUGGAUAGCCAGUUCGUGGGCGUUGAAGGCUUUAUCACUGGCAUCCUGGAUUUCUUCCCAGCUGCCUACACCUUCCGAUUCCAGCGAGAGGUCAUUGUGGCUGUCUCCUGUGCUGCCUGCUUCUUCCUCGAGCUGUCUAUGGUGACCGAGGGGGGUAUGUAUGUCUUCCAGCUAUUUGAUUACUACUCGGCAAGUGGGACGACACUUCUAUGGCAGGCCUUCUGGGAGUGCAUAGCAGUCGGCUGGGUUUACGGUGCCGAUCGUUUCAUGGAUGACAUUGCCUGCAUGAUUGGUUACCGGCCCUCCGUGUGGAUGAAGUGGUGCUGGAUGUUCUUGACGCCUUUCAUCUGCCUGGGCGUCUUUCUUUUCAAUGUUGCCUACUACAAGCCAUUGAUCUACAACAACAGCUACGUCUACCCCUGGUGGGGAGAAGCCAUCGGCUGGGGCUUCGCACUAUCCUCCAUGCUGUGUGUCCCUCUUACUGCUCUCUACAAGCUCAUCCGUGCCAAGGGGACACUGGCUGAGCGCUGGCACCACCUCACCCAGCCGAUCUGGGGGUUGCACCAUCUGGAAUAUAAGGUGCCUGAAUCAGAAUUUGGCGUUUUGACCACCUUGACCCCUGCCUCAGACGGGGGCAGCAAGGCAGUCAUCCUGGAGAGCGUCAUGUGACCAAUGCUCGCCCGCUGUUCUCCCACAACAAGAGGCGCCAUUUCUUUGUGCCACUCAGCCCCUGGCUGCCAUUGGGGGGAGGAGGGAGGGAUACAGUUCACCUGCCAUGUGUUGAAUGUGGGGGGCGGUGGUCCCUGCUUGUUGGGGGGGAAAGGUAUUGCUGGUUCUUUAUUCACGUCCCACCUUCUCCUCUCAGGGGCCAGAACGAAGCCCAACUGGGCGAGAGGGAGAACCCUCAGAUCUCUGAGUGGAGGGUGGGAGUCCUAAAGGCCAUAGGGGUGGGUGGGGGGAGGGAAGUGGGGGGGGGAGAAAGAGAGCCUUAGAUUUACAUUUUUUUAAAAAAAGAAAAGUUAUUUUUUAAAGAUAAAAUAUUUUAAAUUUCUAUAUAUGCAUUAUAUAUCUCUUACCUAUCUAUAUUUAGCCAAACACACAGGAGGGAGAAUUCCCUCCCACCCAAAGGGAUCCAGAAGUCCUGGAAUUUUUAUCCCCAGAGCUCUCUGGGAUCUUAACGGGUGAGGUGCAGGACGCCUGGGUUCCACUCCUGCUCUGUGAGAGGAGACAGUCAAAAGAAGCAGGAAGGGGUUAAAAAAGGGGGUGCGGUGAACCAGGACACCUGGGUGCGACCCACAGUGGCAAGCGGGGAGCCCUAUCCAGCAGCUUGGUGGUGAGGAGCUGGGUCCCUCUUGCAUUGAGGUGGCAAACAUACCCCUCCCUGCCUCCAAUGGCCUUCUGAUUGGAGGGCUGUUGAGCCGCCUGUGUGGAGUAGCCCUGCCGUCCCCGUGGGGAAGCAAGGCAUAAGGCCUGCCCUCCUUGAGCCCACUUCCUUGACCAAUCACAGUGUUAACGGGAAGCCCAUCCCUCUGCCCCAACAGAAGCGUUUUGUAAAGCAGCCAGCCGCAACCAGGCCCUUGGGCUGAGGUUUUACAGUUCACAGAGGAAUUCUUUUAUACCCCCUGACUUCUCCCAUGCUUUCAGCCCAGGUGCACAGAACUGCUCUCAGAUAUACCAGCAUCUGAUUCAGAAGCAAACCCUGGCAUAAUCUCUGCCACAGUAUGCCAUAAAUCUUUGGAGCGCUUUGUGGGAAACUGUGUUUAAUAGCAUUAGAAAGUUUCCUCAAACUCACUCUGAGGUAUUGCCAAGCCCUCUGUCCUCCCCUGCAGAGAACAAACCCCUUUAUUCGUAAAUUUCUGGCCUUCCGCAGGUUCCCAACACCUCCUAAGGCUCCCUGCUAUUAAGUAUUAUCCAGACACAGCAGACUGAUCAAGGGGAAAGCACAGCAGCCCCCGGCCUCUAGACUCCCUCACGUGCUACAUUUCUGGGGCAUACACCUAAAAAUGUAAAGUCUGAACCCGACAGAGAGGUGUUUGCAAACUUGGGUACCGUUUAGGUACAAUGGUCAAGGCACUGUGAUUGGCUGCGGACACCUGCUGGCUGCUCCAGGUUCACUGUUUGGGUCAUUCAUGUGACGACCAGGGGGUCCCUUUUUGAGGUUCAGAUGUGUUCUCAAAUAGUGGCAACUCAUGUUCAUUGGUGCCCACGCAGCUGAUUGGCAGGAACAGCAUGUCAACUGUGGGAGGGGAAGGUUCUCAAUGGCCAAUUUCUGCAGGUGCCCCACCCCCCACCCCUUGAGCCAGUUAUCUUAAGGAGUGCUGGGGCAUUCAAGACUCUGAAAUCCAACUUGUGAAAUGAUUUGUGGGAAUUAUCUUCUGGAUUGCUGGAGUGAGAUGGGGUGAGACAGCAUGCAGAAUUCUCCCUUAACUUAGAUAAGAAACCCAGGUGUCCUGUGUGUCCAAGUCAAGAUUAUACUCAAAAUCCCUUAACCCUGCCUGCCAGGAUCUGACUAGUUUCCUGUCUCUGAAACAAGUAGCUGGUAUCCCUCUAUGCUUAGCUUCUUCUCCCACAUCCCCUCAAAAAAAAAAGUUUGCUACGCUUUUAAUUUGCACAUUUUCUAUGACAGAGUAAGAGAUAGUAUGUGUGUGUGUGAGUGAUAAACUCACAUACUUAUAUAUACUGUAUAUCUCAAACAAGCAUAACUUUAACAGUACAAAAAGCUUCUCGCUUGUAUAUUUUUAAUGGAAGCACUUAUAAAAGAAAGAGAAAUAUAUAAUUUUCUUAAUAUUUCUGCAGGUUGUAAAAAAAAGCAGAGACAAAGAGAGAAAUCACAGAAUUUUAUUUUGUGACAAAAUUAUAAAUAUUAUGUCUAUAUUUGUUUCGUAAAUACAUACAUAUAAAUAUAUAUAUAUAUAUAUAAUGAGAUUAAAUUGCAUAACAAGCCAACCUCAUGCUACAGGGGAUUGGGGUGUUUGGAAAUUGUAGCGGGGGGUUUUAUGGAGGGGGUGGGGGAGGGAUGUCAGUGUAGAAAAUAGCAGUGGGGGGAGGAAAUGUGGACAGGAUUAUGAGGGUUACACUGUGUUCACUGCACUAGCCAAGACUUGAGUGAUUUGUUCCAUUCUCUGCUGCGUGUAGCUUGCUUUGUCUACACUCCUAAUGUAUAACGUGCUCUUAACGUGUUAACUGAUACUUCACAGAAUAGGUACCACCUUCUAGCAUGACAAAAUUCCUGCACAGAAAGCUAAACAGAGCCUCCAUGGUCAUAUGCUGUAUACCUUUAAAUUGCACAUUCUGAGGAACAGAGGAGGGAUGUUGUCUUCAUGCAGCCUGUGAGCAUCUCAAGGGCAUCUGCCUGCCAUCUGUUGAAAACAGAAUGCUGAGGUCCAAUCCAGCAGGACUCUACUUAAGUGGUUAUGCUUUCUUUCAAGCAAGAAAAAGCAUGCAAUGUUCUUGUGGGCCACAUCUGACAAGUCACACGCAGAGACAUACCUACAGGUCACUUAAAUUGGCCCUUGCCCAGGGUGGCAAAAUUCUGUUGACUCUGGCUCGGGGUGCCUAGGAGCCCCCCCCUGCCCCGCCCAUCUGCACACUCCCUGGGCCACUCCUCCAUUGCUCUGGGCAGCUGGGCAAGGCACAUAGAUACCUCUGGGUGCCUCAGUGGACCUCUUUGCCAAGGGUGCAAGGGAGCCAAGGAACGCCUCUGAUUACACGUGCUUCAUUUUGCUGGGUUCACAGCAGAAUAAAAGGUAAAGGGACCCCUGACCAUUGGGUCCAGUCGUGACUGACUCAACAUGACAUUCUACAUGCAAGUUGCAUACAAUUUCUUUCCUGAAAUGUGCAGGAGAUUUGCCAGCAUAACAAAAUGCUUAACAAAAUGCUCUUUAACACCAGCAAAUCUUAUUUGGGCAAGCGCUUUGGAACACCUUCUCCACCUCCACCUCCUAUCAAGUUGUUUGCUUUUAAACUUCUGUUGAUUAUGGAAUUCUCAGUUGAUUAAUCACAUGCCUUUUGAAUGAUUUGUUUUAAAUAUAUUUGCAUGUUACCAAAAUCUCAAUAUAGGUGCCUUUUUGAGAUGUGUAUUGCAUUGUAAGUAUAAGAUCUGUGACUCCCUGUUUGAAUGAAAGGUCAUAUUUUAAUGCUUUCCUCUAUCAUUUCCUAUUAUGGCACAGCAUCAGAGCCAAAAUAGCCUCAAAAGGCAUGUGCUGUUUGUUCUCAGUCCCAGCAACCAAAACCUGUCCUCAGCACCUAAAAUUAAACCUUACAAACCUAUUUCUUAUGCUCAUGGCUGCUCAGGUUCAACAACCCUUAAAACAUGGACUUCCUUUCAGCAUUUUGCACACACUUGCCUAUUUGAAUUCUUACAACAUCAUCUUUUCAAUAUUUUAAAUGUUUUUGCAUGCACACACAACCACAUAAACUUUAGUCUGAGCACUGUAUAAGUGGGGUAGAAUUUGUUUUUUGUUUAAUUAUUCUACCACCACUCCUCAAAUGGAAACAAUAGCUUCUCUCCUUCCCCCCUUCCCCAGUAAUUAUUGGAAGAGGAAGCUUUCGUGCAUUGCUAACUGGCUACAAAAUGCAAAUCUUUCAAAACACUCUGUAUGGGAAGAAGAAGGAAUAUUGUAUUAAGAAACACAAGUUUUCUUAAUCCCCAAACUUCGGCCCUCCAGAUGUUUUGGCCUACAAUUCCCAUGAUCCCUAGCUAAUAGGACCAGUGGUCGGGGAAGAUGGGAAUUGUAGUCCAAAACAUCUGGAGGGCCAAAGUUUGGGGAUGCCUGAGUUUAAUUAACAAAGGGACUCUGCAGUGAACACCACCUUGGAAUGGAACUAGGUGCUGGUGCAGAACUGGUUGGAUCUCAAGAGUUGUUUGGGCAUUUCCAGGAGAUAGGUACUUCAGAUUCUCUCCACCCACCCCACUGUCCUACCAGCAUGUCUGUUGAUUCUUUCUUUCUUUCUUUCUGAGGAAUCUUGCAUGCCCCCUGCUCCAGCCCUACUCUCUGCAAGUGUUAAAACAUCUUGCCACAGAUUGCUUUGGGUGUUAACCCAACAGUUGCUGGGACUCUGCAGAAACCUUGUGCUUUCUGAGUCAUAUUCUGCUACUAAUGACCAAGGUUCCUAGCAUAGGACAGUGGGAAAUAAUCAAUAGAUGGGAGUUAUCACUCUUAAUCAGUUUGGGCCAGCUGAAGAUUGAGUCAUGCUCCAAUCCUUCCUGGUCCCUACCUCCUGCCUAUGUACAUUGCACUUUUGGUAAAGGGAUCAGGGACAAGUUCUUUUCCCAGCUGGAAGAGGCACCAAAUGGUAGGGUUGUACAGCUCUGAACUAUUUACUGGUUUUUGGUUGGGGCUGAGCUUUUCACCUGACCUAGGAGCUGCAUAUCCUUUGCCAAACACCCCUCCCCCUUGUAACGGCUCCUGUCGUUCUUCAUCUCUCCCCUUUUACCGCUUAGCUACCGUAUGUAACACAGCCUCUCCUGUGUUCUCAUCUCCUGAGAACAACCCCUGCCCCGCCCCACGCUGCAAGCAACAACUAACCCUUUGAUAAAGCAGAUGGAAGUCCUAGGAUUCCUGAUGGAUGGAAAGGCUGAAAUCUGGCCAGAUUUUGCUUCAUUUUUUCAAAGGCCAUUAGCUACUGGCACAGAUUGCCAAAGUGAGGCCAUUGAUUUCCUGUCUGUCCCAGACCAAAACAAACCACCUUUCCUAAGUGAUGAUAAAUGGAACUGCCUUACUCAUAUAAUGAUUGGAAAGGAAUUUGCUGGCCUUUGCUAAUGAUCUAAAUAGCCUCUUGUUGCUUUUGAUCGUAAGACUACAGACCACUUUUCCUGACAUUCUGAGCUAUUGCACACGAUUUUUACACCCCUUCGUGUUUCCCUUACAAAUUUGCAAGCCAGAGCCCAGUAUUUUCCACUCUUGAAUGGCUGGGGAUGGGGAAUGUCAACAUGGUUUAGGAGGUGAGAAGUUGUUUUGCUAACAAUGGUUAGUUCCAAGGAUGAAAUAACUGCUGUGCUCUGUAAGCUUGAGAAUGCCAACCAGUUCCACCAGUUCCUGUUUCCAUAAUAACUGUGAGAGUUAUUUCCCUUGCAACUGGGCCCAAAAUUAGGGCCUUUCCAAACGCCACCUGCUGCUGUUGUCAUCAUUAAGAUGUUCCAGAUCUGUGAACGUGCCAAUGGUCUGCCCUACACCCUCCUGCAAAUUGAGGAGCAAGUGGCUAUCAGAAGUCUCAUCUGCUCAGGGCCAGGUUUCACUGGGAGAGCAACUGUUCCAUCUUCUUGCAUGCACACUCACGCCUGCAUUGCCAGAGCCGUGGGAGAACCCAAACACAGUCUUCCAGGGUUUCAGCUUUAAGUCCACCAGUGUUGUCUCAAUGCCAGUGUUGUCUCAGACCUUCUCCUUCCCUUCCUACCCCUCAAGUCCUGCCCAGUGCAGGUUAUAUUCUGUCUGUGAUUUUUGUGCUAACUUUAUCAUGGAACAUAGCAAUAAAAGGAACCACCCUGAUCUUC